AUGCGGCUACACAAACUCAAGAUGAACCCCGCCAAAUGCGUUUUUGGAGUUCAGGCAGGGGAUUUUCUGGGCUUCAUCGUCCAUCAAAGGGGUAUUGAGGUCCCUGAGGAUAAGGCAAGCGCAGUCAUCAAUGCAUCUCCCCCGCGAACAAAGAAGGAGCUACAACGAUUGCUGGGACAGAAUGAGUUUGUGUGGGAACCUAAACACCAAGAGGCUUUUGACAAAAUUAAGGCCUAUCUCGAGAGCCCACCAGUGCUCGUUCCCCUUAGAGCUGGCUUUCCAUUGAAGUUGUAUAUUUCAGCAGCUGAGGCUUCCAUAGGCAAUACGGCCAGGUUCAGGGUGCAAUGCGGCCAGUACCAGAAUGAUGACAUCCUCAAGUGCAGGAUAUUUGGCACUUCUCUUUCCGGGGCUACCUUUAGAUGGUUUUCUAAGCUCCGCCCAGGAACAGUAGCAGAUUGGCCCGCAAUGGAAAAGCUCUUCCGAGAAACUUUUGGAGCUAUAGAGCCUGAAGUCGACUUGGCUUCUCUUACUCAGAUGUCCCAACAACCCACCGAAUCUGCUGUCGCAUAUCUGCAACGCUUUCAGAUCCAGAAAGCCAAACUGAAUAACUCCAGAAUCAGUCAUAUCUUCAGGGAGUGCAAUAUGACAGCUGACGCCUUAGCCAAGAUGAGUAUUGAGCAUGCUCCUGGUCUUAUCAUGUUUGAGGAUCCUCCUGCUCAUGCUGUGCAAGCUUUUCUAGAUGAUUUAGAUGGGGUUUCUAGACCUAGAAGGACUGGGAAUACUGUUAUUUCUUAG